CCUUGGCAGUGUUCAGUAACUUACUAUCCUUACACAAGAAUCUAAAACACCAGUUUGCAAAACUUUUGAAGCCCCAUACCUUGGGGUGAUUUUUGACACUCUGUGCGGUUGGCUGCGAAAGUGUUUGACUGGACAGAUUGGUCGUUUAUUUGACCCUUUCAGGCUUUCAACAAUUAUUAUUUGUUCCAAAGUAUUGGCAUUAUUGGCCCGCAAUGUGCCAGAUAAUACUGGCCCCGACACUCCAGAGCCGUUUUUCCUCGUGAUUUGUUUCUUCGUUGUCACAUUAAGUCAAAUUGUUUGGAGUACAGCACCGUAUAGCACCGAGCGGCUUGGAGCGGCUUGGGGAGCUUUCAAGAGCAUCGAGGAUGUAGUGAAGAGACCAAGGAACACCCGACUCCAUGCCAACCUCUUCGACUCAGUGGUACUUCCUGCCCUAACGUAUGCGUCAGAAACUUGGUCUCUUCGAGUAUCCCGUUUCACACAAGUAAGGGAAGGGACCCAAAGCUCCGACCUGCGUCAACGAUCAAAAAUCAAAGAUACCGUUCUGUACGCUAAACAGUCGAAGAUAAGGUGGGCCGGACACGUAACGCAUAUGAAUGACAACCGAUGGAGAAGAACCGUUAGUGACUGGAUUUCUCGGGAUGUCAAACGUACUGCAAGAAGACCACCGACCCGAUGGUCAGACUUCCUCACGAAGAGCCUAGAAGAAAGGUAUGAUGGUCGACGAGUCCCUGGAGCGAGCAGAACCCACUGGGCUACUCUUGCACGAGUCAGGGAAAAAUGGAAGAUUUACUGGUUCCCACUCGAGUCACUCGACGAUCAACGGGACUACAGGUCACACAGGUGA